AUGGUCGACAAAGUAAAAGCAUUUCUUCCGUCUCCUAGGUCACUGGAAUCGGUAGCGCCGGCUAAGAAAAGAGUCAGGAGAAAAGAGCGUCCUUCCAAAUGCCGCUUAUCAAAAUCCAUCUACGAAGAAACUGACCUUUCGAGGCUUACGCCCAGGCAAAGAAUACUCCAUCAAAAAUACCAGGAGAACAAAAAUGGCGUAACAAGUUUCUUUCUUCUGUCAAACAACAUUUCCGCCAAAGAGCAUGAUGGUGGUAUAAAAGAGAGCAAAGAGGAAAAGGCUGCUGGCAAACUUGUCCAUGGAGACAUAGGAAGAUUCGACCAUAUAUCUGAUUUAAGAGACGAAAUGGAUGUCCGCGAUUCCCAAACAGCCAAUCGCUUUCUAGUUGUAACCAGUGACUUGGACACCAGCGAGUGUAAGAAUUCCAGGGGAGAAUCUGUUUCAUCCGAAAGCGAUGGCGAAACAAUAGAGGCAACAGAGGUAGAGUCGCCGUUCGACAAUGAGGUUUCUAGAAGUGCCGUCCGACAGGACUGUGGAGUUUGUAUAGAAUGCUUUAGGGAUGCAGUACAAGUAUAUCAUGCCCUAGAAGAGAUAGGAAAUGUACAUAAAUGUAGGUUACAGAAGUUGAUAAUACUUCACAAGUAUAGGAUACGACAGAACUUCAAGAAGCAGUUGUGUUUCAGUGCAAUCAGCAAAGAAGAGACCGUGUUUGUAAGAGCAUUGGGGAAGCUCGAAUGCUGCACACAAGAUCAUGCAAAUGGCAAGUCAUCGGAAGCUUCAAUGAAGUAA